UAUUGAUAUCGCUUUUAGCAAGAAAGGUCCAGGAGCUGAAUCUGAGUCUGAAACAGAAGAGAUGACUGACAAUAAACGACUUCUAACUCCCAGCAACAAUUGCAAAGCUUGUAGCAUUGUAUUAGUAAACUGGUAUAUCGAUAUAUCUGUAGUUGUGUAGUUGUCUUUUUGCAUCUUUGAUUAGGAUUUAAGCUCCAAUUCAAACUCAACCGUUUUCCUCAGAGCUGAAGCAAAAAGAACUGAGUUGGAGACAAUAAAGACCUGUUAUUCUGUUUCACAGAGCUCUCUCAUACAACAGCAGAAUGAGUGUGCAAAAGAGAUUGAACGAUUUGCCUGAUGUUGAUUUCAGUUCUCAGGAUGUCUUUGAGACUUCUUCCAUAAGCUCAAAUGAAGAGGAGGUUCUAUCAAUCAACCAUCCAGAUAUUUCACCACUCUUAUCCUCCAUAACGACGAACAAUGAGGAUAUUGACAACAGCAACAUAAUAAGCAAUUUAUCAAACUCAAAGUUUUUCUUUGGAACCAAAUUCAUAUCAAAUUCCAAUACAGAUUUUUCUGAUAGUUUGAAUAAACACAGCAGAAUCAAAUCUAGCUACGAAAUUUUUGAAGUGGAAGAAACUUAUGAUGAAAAGUUAUUACGAAUUGAGAGAGAACUAAAAGAGUUGAGGGCCUUGAAAGAGCUUGAGUUAGACAAAACAAAUAAAAUCCAACCAACCGAAGAUAUUGAUAUAAAAAAAGUUAAUUCAUUGAAUGAGCUUUUGACAAAACUCAAUCAAAUAGAUAAGAAAACAGAGGAAAACAAUGAAAAAGAUAAGGAUGAAAGUGUUGACAGUAUAUCAAAUAAAAUAAAAGAUUUGGAAAUUGAUAUUAAAAAAGGAAAAGAAAGUACCAAUGCUAGUGUUGGCAUUGAUAUUAAAUCAAUCAACAAUCAACUAAAUCAGAAGCUUAAAAAUUGUGUCAAACCUGGUGAGGUGGUUGCUUUAGAAAAGAGAAUUUAUCAGUUGGAAAAAAUAAUUGGUUACAAUGAUAAUUUAGAUCUUUUAAAUUUGAAUGUUGAUUCCAAUUCUGAAAAUAAUGAUUCAAAUAAAUCUGAUUUGAAUUCGAAGUUGAAUUCGUUUAACAAUAUAGAAUAUUUGAUUAAUCAAUUGAAUAGGAGGUUUAAUUUAUUAUUAGGUGAAGAUAAUGAUGAUCAUGAUCAUGAUGGUGAUGACAAUGAAAAUGACAAUGACAAGAAUAGUAAUUCAAAAGCUAAAAAAGAUCAAAAGACAAUACUAAAUAAUAUUCUAAAAAAGAUUGAAACGAUACAUGAUAAAACAAUAAAUAGUUCAAGAAGAAUUGGAUCUAGUAAUUUUUCGAUUCCUCCAAUGGGUUCAAAUAUGAAUCAAUUUUUAGUGUAUAAUGAUAACAAUACGAUUGGGAACACUGCUACUAUUAACAAUAAUAAUGAGGAUAACUUUGAGGAUUAUAGUGAUAAAAAUAAUAAAAUUUCAGAUUCUGAGCUUAAAAGGAUCAAUAAAUUAUUUAAUUUAAUUAAUCCGGAGUUGAGUACAACCAAUUUAAAUUCCAUAGUUUUGCCACUAAUUAAAAGAUUGAACUCGUUGAAUUCGAUUUAUCUUGAUAUGAAUUCAACAGUCAAGUUAGGUAAAGAUGUAGAUAAUGUUAUUUAUAAUUUAAAUGAGGAUUAUAAUAAAUGGGAUAAGAAACUAGAUGAAAUUAAAGAAAACUUGGUUAAAGAGGAGGAAACUUUCAUUAAAAAUAAAAAAGAAAUAGAAUCAUGGGUAAAGGCCCUUGAAGGUAGAAUCGAUAGAAUUACUACGGAUUGAUCCAAUAGAUAGAUAAUUUGAAUGAUUAUAACUAUAAUUUGAUUUUUUAAAAGGAAAAAAUAUGUAUGAUUUUAAAUAAUAAAAAUUUUAAUCAAA